AGAAAGUGCAGUUAUUCAGAAAGGAGAAGGAGGAGUAGCAGAGUUUCUCUCCUCUGCACAUGAUUUCUACACCUGAGCCUCCAACACACCCCCAUAUACACACACACACACACACAGGCUAAUGAUACUGCUGAAUGAACCGGCUGUAUUCACCUCCACUCCAGCUGUGGACAUAUGAGAUUCGCUCCUGCAGACAGACAUGCAGUUCUACUAUGUGGGAGACCACACCUGGGCAACCAUGUUGGGACAGAGUGUGCGUUUGCAGCCGGUUCCCAUCCAGAGCCUGUCAGAGCUGGAGCGCGCCCGGUUACAGGAAGUGGCAUUGUACCACCUGGAGGAGAGGGACUUGGACUUUAAGAUUAGCAUCCCUAGAGAAAUACGCAAACGAAGGAAGUCUCUACGCAGGAGGUUUGACUCCUUCUCCAAAGAAAAGAAAGAGCGAGAAGAUGCUCCCAAGGCAUUUGGCAUCCCGCUUUCCCAGGCGAUUGCCAAUGACCAGGCCUACAAGCGGCGUCAGGACGCCCUGAAGGAGAGUAGGCGCGACUGUCUGGACCUGGAGGCCAGCGUCUUGCGCUUCAGAGCUGAGAAGAGGCAGUUCUUCAAUGGGAACAAACCUCUAGGGAGCUCGUCGUCCAUCACAGGAGGAGGGCCCGGCUCACCGUCUGCAAACUCUGUUGCUCCAGCACCGUGUUUUGAUACCCAGAGCAAACCGCUGUCGCCCACGUUUAUGGACAACACCAGCAGAGGACAAAGAAGGGGUGGUCUUUCAGUGGACUGCCUUUCUGACCUCGUAGAGAGCCAGUCUCGCCUGUUGGAGGCGCUGCAGCUCUCACACCCCGCGGAACUGGAGUUAAAGAAAUCAGCUUCUGAAGGGAGAACCCAGACCAAGCUGAGCCUCAACCCCAUCUACAGACAGGUGCCUCGAGUGGUGGAGAGGUGCUGCAGCCAUAUUGAGAACUAUGGUCUCCAGACUGUUGGCAUCUUCCGAGUUGGGAGCUCUAAGAAAAGAGUUAGACAGCUGCGUGAAGACUUCGACAUGGGGGUGGACGUCCAGCUGGACGAGGAGCACAGCGUGCACGACGUGGCGGCGCUGCUCAAAGAGUUCCUGAGGGACAUGCCUGAUCCUCUGCUGCCUCGAGAGCUUUACCCCGCCUUUCUCCACGCUAACUUGCUACGAGGAGCAGACCAGCUGCAGUACCUCCAGCACCUCCUUUACCUGCUCCCUCCUUGUAACUGCGACACACUGCUGCGCCUCCUCUCCAUGUUGCAGACCGUGCAAAGCUACGCCCAGGACACCAUAGGAACCAACGACGAGGAGAUACCUGGAAACAAGAUGACGGCUGCCAACUUGGCCGUGAUCUUUGGGCCAAACCUGCUUCAGAGGGAGACGGGGGGAGACGUGAGUCCUCAAGCGAUGGGUAUCGAGGACAGCACGGCGAUCAUCAGUAUUACGCUGGUGCUCAUACAGAACUACAAGAGGCUGUUCACGGUGUCUGCAGAGCUUCAGCAGGAGGUGCUGAUGAGUCUGAUCCAGACUGAUCCAGAUGUCAUCGACUAUCUCUUACGUAGGAAACUCAGUGGUAGUCACCUGACAGUGGAGGGCAGCAGUGAGUCAGGGGCCAGGCGGGACACAGGGGCCUCUUUAGACUCUGUGGGAGCCUCGAGUGGAAGUUUGUCUCCUCUUGAGCCCCCAUCACCGCUUUUCCCUCCAGACGGGAAUGGUGGCGAAGGCAGUUUAACUAGUGAGGUCUUCCUCAACGUCCUCAAACUGAACCAGAACAGAAAUCGGCCGGAGGGACGAUACGGCGCUGAGGGCCGCUCUACCAAGUCCAUCCGCCACAUGCGUCAGUUCCACUCCCACCACAACCUGCUCAGCCUAUCCCAGCCUUCCAGCUUGUCCAGAAUGCACAGCCAGGACGGGGACCCCCAGGACCGCCGGGGCGCGCUGGGCGCUGCCAUGAGCUUCGCCCUGGGCAGCAGCAGCAGCAGAGGGAGCUGCUCCAGUCUGAGCGGCUCCACCGAGAACAGCAUCUGGGUGAGGCAGAUGCAGCCGGAUGAAGGGAAGUCAUCGCCGGCCGCCAACUUCUGGGACUUUUUCACUGGAAAGGGCUCGAGCUCUGAGACGGUGGUAUGACUAAUGGCGGGAAAAGAUGGAGGAGCAAUAAGGGACAACUGGGUUAGAAUCCCCCCUGAACCAAAUGAUCCAAGGGAGCUUGACUGCAAUACGCUUCACUUCUUGUUUGAAAAAAGUUGCCUCUUGAUUUCCCUCCUUUAAAUGUUAAACAUUCCAGAGUAUCUAAAUGGAAAAAGGAAAUCUGCAAAACUUUGGGAGGGGAAAAAAAGCGAGAUGAGCAAUAAAUCAUGUUUCUGAAGAGUCUUUGGAUCAGUGCUGUAAAACACUGAUGAGGAGUUUUUAACUCCAGCUAAUGACAAUAACAGAUAUGUGAGAUUACGGAAAUAAAGGCAUUGGUGUACAGAUGUUGUAUAUUUUGUAAGUAAACCAAAAGUGAAACGCACAUAAUCCCAAUCUCUGUUUUACAUACCAGCCCUGCAUGGCCUCCAACACUUCAGCAGAAACCAGAUAUUUUCCAGAUGAAGUACAGAGAUACAUACAAUCCUGAUCUUUUUUCCCUUUAAUGUCAUUUAUCAAAUCAGAAUUCACUUUUCCUGCUUUAGGUCACACAGGAAACCUUCAUUAUGUAUAUUUCCUAAAGAUCUGAAAAACAAAAGACAGAUUCCAGCACUGGGAGUAUGAUGAUCUGGAAGCUUCAGUUAGGUUAUUUCACACCAGCUGUGGACAUGUUUUAAAAUGUAGGGCUAUUCCCAAUCAAAUUAAUAAUAUAAAGCCUCCUCCUGUAGCUGUGAUCCCAUUAACAAUCCAAUUGCACAAAUUAUUAUGAAAAUACAUUUUUAAAAUGGAAAAUUUGAUUUAAAAAAAAAAAGUCUUCCAAGAGGUGAUUUAUGUUCAAAUCAAAAUUCUUAGAAUUCGCAGAAUUGCCAUGGAAACACUUCUUUCACAUCACAUGACUCACCUGAUCUGCAGCUUGACCGUCCUCCCUUGUAAAUAGACAAAGAAAAGAUGUUGGAGGAGGAGGAUGUCACUUUCCCAUCCGUCUCACCUGAAAAGAGACGAAUAAUUAACCUUCAACUUUGGAAGAGAUGCAAACAUCGCAGGUGAAGGUGGGAGAUUCUGUCCACUAUUCAAUUAUACACUGGGCAUUCCACAAAUCUAAGCUUUAUGGAGAAAAAAGCCAUUUUAAAUCCAAUUUCAACUUACCCAUAAGCCAUGGAAAAGACUGGGCUAAUAUAUGGAGGGAAAGGCUGUAGUCAGAUCAGCUUAAAAUUCACAUUUAUGUCCCAGAUUUGGGGGAUUACAUGUGGAAAAAAAAAAAAACAUUUUAAGGCUGCAAAGGGACAUCCAAGGGAAAAUCUGUGGCAAGAAUUCAAAACAUAUAUCAACUUUUAUGGUUAAAGAAACAGGCAGUCAGCAAAGAUAUACAAAACUAAUAUUGCAAUACUACAUAAGUCUUGCAUCAAGGCCGGCAGCAUCAGCUGAUUUAAGAAGUACAAAAGGAUGCAUAAUCUCUCACAUUAUUGUGGAAAGAAAUAAAAAUAAAAAAAAA